UGGGGCGUCUGUCCAGCCUGCCGCAAAUUGCCGCGCAGUGUUCGUCAUGGAGCUGGUGCUUUCGAGCUGUUUCCUGGUGGUGGUGCAGCUUCUGGGCCUGAGCACGGGUGCUGUCAUUGACUGGCCCACAGAGGACGGAAAGGAAGUGUGGGAUUAUGUGACCGUCCGGAAGGAUGCCCACAUGUUCUGGUGGCUCUAUUAUGCCACCAGCCCCUGCAAGAACUACUCAGAGCUGCCCCUGGUCAUGUGGCUUCAGGGUGGUCCAGGUGGCUCCAGCACUGGAUUUGGAAACUUUGAGGAAAUUGGGCCCCUUGACAGUGCUCUCAAACCACGAAGAACUACCUGGCUCCAGUCGGCCAGUCUGCUAUUUGUGGAUAACCCUGUGGGUACUGGGUUCAGCUAUGUGAACAGGAGUGAUGCAUAUGCCAAAGACCUUGCUACUGUGGUGUCAGACAUGAUGGUUCUCCUGAAGACCUUCUUCGAUAGCCACAAAGAAUUCCAGACGAUUCCAUUCUACAUUUUCUCAGAGUCGUAUGGAGGAAAAAUGGCUGCUGGCAUUGGUCCAGAACUUCAUAAGGCCAUUCAGCAAGGGACCAUCCGGUGCAACUUCGCUGGGGUCGCUUUGGGUGACUCCUGGAUCUCCCCUGUUGAUUCGGUGCUCUCCUGGGGACCUUACCUGUACAGCAUGUCUCUUCUCGAUGACCAAGGUCUGACAGAGGUGGUUCAGGUUGCAGAACAAGUCCGGGAUGCUGUAAAUCAGGGGCUCUACAAAGAGGCCACACAGCUGUGGGGAAAAGCGGAAAUGGUCAUUGAACAGAAUGCAGAUGGGGUGAACUUCUAUAACAUCUUAACUAAAAGCCCUCCCAUGUCUGAAAUGAAGUCGAGCCUAGAAUUGACCCAGAGCUACCUAGUUCGUCUUUGCCAGCGCCACGUGGGACACCUACAACAGGACACCUUAAGUCAGCUCAUGAACGGGCCCAUCAGAAAGAAGCUCAAAAUUAUUCCUGAGGAUUGCUUCUGGGGAGGCCAGGCGACCAACGUCUUCCUGAAUAUGGAGAAGGACUUCAUGAAGCCAGUCAUCAGCAUUGUGGACGAGUUGCUAGAAGCAGGGGUUAAUGUGACUGUGUAUAACGGACAGCUUGACCUCAUUGUGGACACCAUAGGUCAGGAGGCCUGGAUGCGGAAGCUGAAGUGGCCAGAACUGCACAAAUUCAGCCAGCUGAAGUGGAAGGCCCUGUACAGUAACUCUACAUCUUCUGAAACGUCUGCUUUUGUUAAAUCCUACAAGAACCUGACUUUCUACUGGAUUCUCAGAGCUGGACACAUGGUUCCUUCUGACCAAGGGGACAUGGCUCUGAAGAUGAUGAGGAUGGUGACUCAGCAAGAAUAGGACGGGCUGGGCUGGAAGUGAGCCACUUGGUCACAGGAGCUGACACAAGCACUCUGAAACUGUAGGAAGCACCGUUUGCACCUUGAAUCACACUUGCGCUGUGAUUGUGAUUGUGAUUGUGAUUCCGGCCAGCUUCUGCAGAGAAGAAGAUCAUUGCCUCUGUGGCAACUUUCUGCUUCUGAGAAAACCUGUUUUUAAAAAAUGGAUUUGUUUUAAUCAAAAUGAAGCAUUGAAAUAUGUUAACAUUUUCUUACUACAAAAGCAAAUUAUGUGAUUUAUAGAAAAAAGACACCUACAGGUAAACAAAGAACAAAAUAAACAUCGAUAUACUACUCCCCAGGGUUAAGCACUGUUACUGCUUUAAUGGACAUCCUUGCAAAUCUUUUUUUGCUGAGUAUACAUAUAAUUUACAAUAGUGGAAUCAGUACUGUAUGUUAUUCUGCUGUCUACUUUGUUCCCAUAUCAGUAUGUCCUGAUUACCUUUUCAUGUCAAUAAAUGUUCUUCUGUGACAUUUUUAA